AUGGCAUGUGAUGAUUCGACGAAGCGCAAUGCCGCAGCCGUCAAUCGUCUUCUCCAAAAGACUCGAGCUGCAACGGCCCCUAAUAGUCAGUGGUUAAAUUCCAUAACACGGAGGGAAGAUGGAACACUGUCGAAUGAGUUGCACCUCAGCAACCAACAGCGCCUCGCCUGCGAAAUGGGCGUAUUUCCUAAAGGCCACUUCGGUGAUGUAGAAAUAGAAGAGGAGAAUCCCCAGCGCUCAUGUCAUGCGUUAGCUCAGAGGCGUGCGCGACAUGAGUGGAAAACUGAUGAGGAGGCAAAACGGCGGCUGCAAAUUGGCCGCGGCGAAGUGUGCAAUAAACGGGAACUUCGUGCGGCAGCGCGGCGGGAGGCGGCGAUUCUUCGUUAUGAAAUGACUCUUCCCAGGCGGCGUGUGGUUGGACAUCUUUCGCAUUUAAUGCCAGCACAAGCGGAUGCGUCACUUGCUGUUCCAACUGAAGGCGCUGCUGAUGCUCUCGUGGAAAAGGGAUGUGGCCGCUGGGUUUUACAUAAUUCCUACCGACAGCAGCUUCUGCAUGGAGAGCCCGUCAUGACGAGGAUUAUGCGUGGAGAGUUUUAUGAAACCAAACCUCCUCCACAGAGGAAAAAGAAGGUUUGGGCUGCAGGAAAGCGGCACGUCCGUAUGACCAGCGAAGUAAACCGUUUAAUGAACACAGGAGGGUGGUGUCGAUAA